AUGGCUAAAAUCAAGAUUCUGGUUGUCCAUGGAGAAAGCAAAGAUUGUCAUACCAUCGUGGAGAAGGUUAAAAAAUUGAAUUCGAAGUCAGGACCAUUUGAAUGCAUUUUCUUUUUAGGUGAUGUCGUACAAGAAUUGAAUGUAACGAACAUUGAUGGCUUACCAGUAGUAUAUACAUUCUCCUCUACAUCAGAAGUAGAAUCAUCCAAGAUAAAGAGUAAUCUAAUAUCACUUAACGGGUAUGGUGUAUAUCAAACAUCGAAUGAUCUUAGAAUCGCUUACAUUAUGAACUCUGCCACUGAGCUAAAUGGGUGUAAAGAUGAAGUUCUGGCGAAGUUUAAAGAAAUCGAUGACACUGUCGAUAUUUUGAUUACAAAAGAAUGGAGCAGAUGUGUUGCUGAAAGGGAGCAAAGAGUGACAGGCAGCGCUAUAUUGGACGAUGCAAUUACACUAUUACAGCCAAGAUACCAUUUCACUGGAAAAGAGGCCAACACCUUUUUCGAGUCUCCACCAUUCCAAUGGAAAGAAACCAACACCAUAUCUCGAUUCUUAAAUUUAGCAUCCUAUGGGAAAUCCGGCAAGAAAUGGGCAUAUGCUCUCAAUUUAGAACUGGACGCAACAUUAGAUACAACUGCACCUACAAAUGCCAUAGAAAAUCCAUACUAUGUAACUAAGAAACGUCCACAACCCGAUGAUAGUAUACAAUCUUAUCAGAAUAAGACAAAAAAGAUUGGCACUGUGGUGCCUGAGGCGUGCCAUUUCUGCUUCACUAACCCCAAGUUACAAGACCACAUGAUAGUUUCAAUAAGUGAUUAUGCCUAUAUUACAAUUGCCAAAGGACCAUUAAGUGUUCCCAAGGGAGAAAUGAACUUUUCAGGUCACUGUCUACUGAUUCCUAUCGAACAUAUUGCUAAAUUCAACGUUGGUCAAGAAAAUCUUCUACAAUCUGGUUUUGCACAGGAUAUGAUAAAUUACGAGAAAAGCAUUGUAAAAAUGAACUUCAAUAAAUUCGAAAUGUCAACGGUAGUGUUUGAAAUUAACUCUGAUCGUUCCAUUCAUUACCAUAAACAGCUUCUUCCAAUUCCAAAAUAUCUUAUUAUGAAAUUUAGAACAGCUCUCGAUAGGCAAAUUCAUUUCAAUAAUGAAAAAUUAAGACAAAAUGUCGCAUUAAAUUUCCAAACUUAUAAUUCCUUAUCAGAUUUCAACUAUAAGAGCAUAAUGGAAAAUGCACAAAACAAUUAUAUGCAAUUUACUGUCUAUGAAACAGCAGAAAGUGACCCUACAAUCUACUUAGCCACAUUUAAACUUGAAGAUAGAAUAGAUUUACAAUUUGGUAGGAGAGUUUUAGCAUUUUUACUGAACUUACCUAGGAGAGUCAGAUGGGACUCCCCAGUGUGCUCGCAAACCAAAGAGCAAGAAGUUAAGGAAGUUGAACUUUUCCAAAAGAGUUAUAAGGAGUAUGAACCCAGCAAGAGCAAUUGA